AUGGCAACGUCGGAAUUUGUCAGUUCUGCGAUACAGCGACAACAAGUUCAAAGAGCUAUCUCUUUUGAAGGUCUGGCAGAUCGUGUAGUUGCACAGGAGGAAGGUGUUCCACUCAACACACCAUGGACAUUUUGGUUGGAAAGAUCUAUGCCAAUUGCCACAGCAGCAGAGGUAGAGGCCAAUUUGGAAGAAAUAUACACUGUGAAAACGGUAGAGAAUUUCUGGGGAGUUUACAACAAUAUUCCAGAUGCCAGUGACUUGCCCCUUCGUUUCAGCUACCACCUGAUGAGGGGUAAUGUAAAGCCCCUUUGGGAAGACCCAUGUAAUGCACAAGGAGGAGACUGGAAGUUCAAAGUUCAAAAGCAAAAUACGACCAAACUAUGGAAAGAAGUGCUACUAGCAACAGUAGGGGAACAGUUUGCAACAAGCAUAUCACCAGAUGAUGAAAUCUGUGGAGUGAGUGUUAGUAUAAGGAACACCAAUGAUGUCAUUCAAGUAUGGAACAGGUACUCCAGGUUCUCUGAACAGGCCUCCAUAGUGGAAAAGGUCCAGACCCUAACACCAGACAUAGAUUUCAGGGCAACUUUCUACAAACCACAUCAUCAACAUGACUCAUUUGAGAAGAAUAGGCCAUAG